AUGAAGGUCACCAUCAAGGAGUGGAAUGCCGUCGCUACUUGGCGGUGGGAUAUUCCCGAGGACGACGUCUGCGGUAUUUGCCAGGUUCAUUUCGACGGGACGUGUCCCUCGUGCAGAUAUCCGGGCGACGACUGCGCACUACUAUCCGGCAAAUGCGGGCACAACUUUCACAUGCACUGCAUCAUGGAGUGGAUCAAGCAAGAAACUUCACGAGGACAGUGUCCCAUGUGUCGACAGCCUUUCGAAUGGAUUGAGCAGGAUAAUGAACCGCCUCCAAGCCAGACUAAUGACUCAUGA